GAGCCACUGAGUAAGCCUCCGGCAGGGUAGAAAGACGACUCCUAACCGGAAGUUACUGUUGAAGCUAAGGUAGCCAUAGUUGACAAUGGCAGCAUAAGUUUCCUGGCUUCCGGUCUCCAACAUGACGUAGAUUUUUCCUUCGCCUAAUGUCACCGUUACCCCGGGCAACAGCUGAACGGUCUGGGAAGGGAUGCUUCUGCUUCAGUCAAGAACUCCGACAUCUUGAUAUUACCAGAUUGAAUGCUGUAACAGCAAGAAAACGACCAGAACUUUCAGGAAAAAAACGUACUGUAUCCAACAAUUCAAAUAUGGCCGAACUGAAGUCAAUGUUCCGGGAAGUUCUUCCAAAACAAGGGCAGUUGUCUGUGGAAGAUGUAACCACAAUGGUGCUGUGUAAACCCAAACUUUUACCCUUAAAAUCUCUGACUCUGGAAAAACUGGAAAAAAUGCAGCAAGCAGCACAAGAUACAAUUCACCAACAAGAAAUGGCAGAAAAAGAACAGCAGCAAAUAACCCAUUGAUGAAAACUUAUCAUAGGGAACCACCCUACCUUGCCUACUUACCUACCACUUAAUAACUAGAAAAUAUUUCUGUAUCUGUAUGCUGAAAGUGGUAUUUAAUAAAACUGGUAACAUUCAUGUUCAUAUAAAUGAAAAUAAAAUCCCCAAGACUGAUAAAA